UACAUGUUCCCCGAGGACUAUCAUACCUCUGCAUUGUCAGGACGUGCGUGGGUGCAGGAGCUUCUUGACGGCCACCGUGACCGUAUGCAUGACAGUCUGGUGGUUCGACCCUACGCAUUCCGAAAGCUCGAGUCAGAGCUCGUGCGGUUGGGUGGACUGCGGCGUAGUCGAUGGGUGGAUGUGACCGAAAAGGUUGCAAUCUUCCUAUAC